CAAAAACAAAGAGUAGGCGAAACAGAGGGGGGAGCUGUCGUUUGGAGAGCAGGGCAUACACCGAACUCUCGUGUUAAAAGGACCUUUAUCACAACGAGCUGAUGUUGGUACUUGCUGGCCAUAGGAUGCGGAGUUUAUUCUCAAUAACGAUUGCGCUGCUGGUGGCUUUGACGGUCACUGUGGAAGCCAUAAAGAGAAAAGAGAAUGGGAAAGACAUCAAAGCACAUGCGGAAUGCUCUGAGUGGGUGUAUGGAAAAUGUGUCCCCAAUAGCGGUGACUGUGGAGUGGGUGUCCGUGAGGCCACCUGCCAUGAGCAGACCAAGAAACACAAGUGUAAAGUGCCAUGCAACUGGAGGAAGGACUUUGGUGCUGAAUGCAAGUACAAGUUUAGCCGCUGGGCAGAGUGUGAUACAGCCACAGGCACUCGGAGCAGAUCUGGGAUGCUGAAGAAAGCCUUGUUCAAUGCAGACUGCCAGACCACCAUUAAGGUAUCCAAACCCUGCACUCCAAAGACGCCCAAACCCAAGGGCGUGGAGAAGAAGGGAAAGAAAGGGAAAGAAAACUAAGUGGUACAGCCCAUCUCCCCAGCCCCAAAUGUCAAUGGAACAUCCCUGUGAACCCCUCCUUAACACUCACUGUGGUGAGUGGAGUUUCAUCUGCAAUGAGGGAAAAAAACAAACUGUAACCCUAUCUAUAUUUGAUCCUCGUUUGUUGAUAUGAUUGUUGUUUCCAUUAUCGUAUUUUAAAAUAAUUUCUAUAGCAAAUGGUUAACUGUAAUUUACUUUUCAUAUAUGAAUAGAAAACCACAGAAUACCAUUGUUUACUAAAGGUAUAGGCCUAUAUGGAGAAACCCACAUUUUUGGGCCUUGGAGAAUUUAUCCAAAAACUGCAACUGUAGAAAAAAGAUAAGUGAUUUAACACAAAGACUUUCCCUUCAAACAAUAUCUGUGUACAUUGCAUAAAUCAAACCUCAAAAUUUUUAGUUUGCUGCACCAGUAGACAACCACAAAUAUGUAUGUUUAAAAUGUUCUGUUCCUAGAUUUGUAAUCAAUGUACAAUCAAAAUUUCAUCAUCACUAACUGAUUACGUCUUCAGGUUUGUGAAUAAAUAAGAAAAGUGUAUUUUCAA